GUCCCCGCGUUUGCUGCCUCUCAGUCUCAGAGUCUCAAUAAACUCACUCACUGGAGCUACUCUUAUUCAGCCAUCAACCGCAAGAGACGAACUUAAUCUUGAGCAUGGACCUUGACGACUUUGAUGAACUGGAUGACAAGCCGACUCAAGUUCCUCGAGUCAAGAAAUUCUUGCCGAAAUCCAGCCUCAAUAAAACGGUUCCAAAACCUGAAUCACCGCCACCAAAACCUGCCCCACAACCACCGGAUGUCUCAAUCUUGAAGAAACGGAAAUCCGAAGAAAAUUUAACUUCAUCGACAUUAACUGUGCAUCUUUCACCGAAGAUUGAAUCUUCGGCCUUGAAUGGUGCUGUCAAAAUGGAGACGAAACCGCUACCAGAUGUCAGAAUGGAACCGAAAACGGAGGAGCCGGUGGAUUCAGACAGUAAUGAAUUAGAAGAAGAAGAAGAUAUGAUUGUUCGCGAAAUUGAUGUAUUUUUCAAUGCUUCAAUCGAUGCCGAUACUCAGUUAUUAGUAAUGCAAUAUCCAUUGAGAGCAUGUUGGCGCCCGUAUGAGUUGGAUGAGAGAUGCGAAGAGGUUAGGGUUAAACCUUCGACUGCAGAGAUAGAAAUGGACUUGUCAAUGAAUGUUGAUUCGAAUAAUUGGGACAGUGACAGAGCUAUCAGGGUUAACAUAACGAAGCAGACUUUGUCUUCUUCAUGGAAACCAUCUGUGGCAGGUGGCUAUGCUGUUGGUGUUCUGGUGGGAGAUAAGUUACACGUGAAUCCUAUUAAUGCAGUUGUGCAGCUUCGACCAUCAACAGAUCAAUUUAAGUCUGGUGGCUUAAAAAGGAAGAAAAAUGUCCCAAGCAAUGCAGAAGUUGCUGUUAAAUUAGAAGCUUCGAAUGAAAAUAAAUCUGUUGGUCCAUCAAAGAAACAGAACAAGCAGAUGGAGGGUUCUGUUGAGCAAAAAAGAACAAAUGAGGAAGAGGGUUGGGUUCCACUGAAGUACCAUGGGUCAAAGAGUGAUUUCUCAGCUAGAUUCCUGCAGAGAAUGUUGGCUCAAGAAAAUUCUCCUUUACACUUCACAGUGAACCCGUGUGAAUAUGUUAGCUCUUUAUGCCCUGGAGCAUGUGACAGUAAAAUUAAAUCCAAAUGCCGUUCAAGCAGGAUUUUGUUUUCUAUGCCCCUUGAAGAACGUGUUCGGAAAUUGCUUUGUGAGGUUUGUUGCAAGUUCAGACAAUGACAUUUCUGGCUAUUCAUGAAGUUGCUGCCAGAUCAAGCUAUUUAUUGAUAUAUAGAUUUAUCCUUUGAGGGGUGUUUAUUUUUUAUAUAUGUGUCUGUUUAUUGCUUGCUUUUGUGUGUAUAUUUCUGUAAAGCAAGUCAAUAGAAUCAAUAUGCAUAUCACCUGUGUCUCAUCUUGUUUUUUAUUGAGGCUUCUGAUCUUUUAUCAAUCCUUGUUAUAUUGUGGUUAUCAUGGAUUUUGUGUGAAUAGGUGGAAGUAUGUCUAGGCAGUGGACUAUAAGCUUGUAGUAAAAGGAGUUGACAGUGUUUUGAGUUUCACGGUUAAGUCAUGUUUCCUGGAGGUCACAGUAAAGUU